AUGACCUGCUCAUCACCCCCCGAAUCCUUCCCUUCAUCUCCCUCCUUCAGCGCCCACCGCGCCUCCCGUUCAUCUUCAACCUCCUCCAACCGCCCGACUCUCUCGCUGGAUCUCUCCAACCUCCCCGCGCUCUCCCAGCCAACGCCACCCUCCAACACCCUCCUCAUCACCGACCUGCACGACCCGCGCAUCUUCCAGACUUCCUCACUGGCCACCAUCCGCUCGCAUCUGGAGUCCAUCGCCCCGCUCAACUCCUUCUCGCCGCUCCCGUCCUUCCGCCGCAUCGUCUGCUCGUUCCGCACCGAGGCCGACGCCGUCCGCGUCCGCAAGCUCCUCGACGAAGAGGCCCUCCUCUCCACCCACAUCCGCCCCAAGACCUACUUCGGCGAGCCCACGCCCCUCCUCGACGAGCGCCCCAAGCUCCUCGAGGCCCCCCAGGUCGACAAGCUGUUCUUCAUCUCGCCGCCGCCCAGCCCGCCCCACGGCUGGGUCCUGCGCCCGGAGGAUCCCCCCAACAAGGAAGUCCACGCCAGUGACCUCGCCCAGGCCCUCGCCAAGUUGAAGACGGAGCAGUCCGCUGCGGGUGGCGUGGCGAGCGCAGGCGACGACCCCGCUACUCCCAUGUCGCUCUCGUCGGACCAGCGCACCGCGAGCUGGCCCGCCGGUGCCUCCCGCCAGCGCAGUCGCAGCAGUACCCUCAUCUACCACCCCGACGACCACGGCGGAAGCCCGAACCUCCCCGCGGUCAUGGUCGAGGAUACCAGUGCUGAUGUUGAAGAUGAGGACGGCGAUGUCGAGAUGAGCCCGAUCGAGAUGUCUGUCACCAAGACGCCGCCCAAGACUGCGCGGCCGCCGGUCGAGCUCAUGGUGUGA